AUGUCAAAGACAAGUUUCCUUGAUUUCCAAUACAACAUCUCAAAGAGAAAGUACCUGAGGAAGCCGGCGCGUAUGUUUUCAAGGGACAGGCAGAACUCUGGGCUGAAAAACAUUUUUCAGCCAAGCGUUGAGGAGAUGAAGAUGGUGUUUGACAAAUUUGAUUCCAAUAAAGAUGGGAAAAUAUCUCAACAGGAGUACAAAGCUACCCUGAAAUCUCUAGACAUGGGGAAGUCCGUUAAUGAUGUGCCGAAGAUUUUCCGGGUGGUUGAUUUGGAUAGAGAUGGAUUCAUCAAUUUUGAAGAAUUCAUGGAGGCUCAAAAGAAGGGUGGUGGGGUUAGGUCGCUUGAUAUACAGAGUGCAUUUCAAAUAUUUGAUAAGAACGGUGAUGGGAAAAUAAGUGCCGAAGAAGUUAAAGAAAUGCUGUGGAAGCUGGAAGAAAGGUGCAGCCUUGAUGACUGCAAGCGAAUGGUGAGAGCAGUGGACACUGAUGGAGAUGGCAUGGUUGACAUGAAUGAGUUUGUGUCCAUGAUGACUCAAUCCAUGAGACAUGUUUGA